ACCGCUCUCACCCCAUCACUGCGACUAAUAACUCAGACGUUAUUUGCUGUUUGCCGUUAACAUGACUAUAAAUCCACCGAUGAAUAGACUGUACAAUGCCUGGGGUUCCCGGGGGAGUUGUCGGCCAGUACAGCGCGACCCCGGUCCAUCGUCCGCGUUCAAGAUGUCCAGAUUUGGUAUGCAGACUAGACGGGAUAGGGUCAUGAGCCUGCUACCUCCAAUAUCCCUGGUCAGUGGCAGCACGGAUAUCCCACUCGAAGAUCGAAUCUUUUCCGACGAGCCUCCCCCUAUUGUUUACCCGGGAAGCUUUCCAUCCAAGAUACUCCGCCAUCUUGAGAAAAAUACGUUUUACUCCGCCCCCACCCAGGGGGAGUCAGCCAUCACCAAGAAAAUCAUGUAUGCUGACCCUGUGAAAAGGGUUCAACAAAAAGACGUUAUCCCUCCCUUCAAAGCAGAAGCGAUAAACUCGAAUAAUAACAAUAAUAAUACAAUGUCCCAGGCUAAAGUAAAACACAAAAAGUCUUCGCCUAAAAAGCCCAUUCAGAAACCGCAGAUAAGCAGCAAAUCGCAAGUUGAAUUUGGAGGCGUCACGGCAGAAGACCCACGGACGUGUGUAAGUGCUCCGACAUCGGCUAGAGGAAGCUGCCGGGAUAGAGAAUUCAUGACAAGAAACGGGGAAUUUGAGCCAGGUAAUCUGACAGCUCCGACAACCCCUCGACCAGUGAACAAGACUCAAGGCACAACUGACAGUACGGGCUCAGUAGAGGCGGUCAACGCGCAUGUCAAUGCAAUGCCGCUGCCACCAAAGACUGUGGGCCUCAAGAAGGAGUCUAUCGUGCAUCCCCUUGAGCUAAGAGGAGACGCUAUUGAUAUCGAGCCGCAUGGUGCAGACUAUGACGAGUUUAGUAGGGCCCCAUACACGAGGCCAAAUUCAAGAGCGAUGACACCUAUGCAAUGGAAAAACAGUCGCGCCCUCGUGCCUGUAGCAAGCGGUGGGCUGACAGAGAUGGCGCACACACAUAACGAGCAUACCAACGGGUUUUAUUGCAACUAUAAAGACUCUGGACUGACGAAUAAACCGAAAAUUCGAUCGACCAUACGUGAGGUUCCGAGGCCUUUAUCACGCACGAAAAACCCUAAAAAGGAGCAACCUAAAUUUUUGAUAAGAGCCGUGGGGUACAAUCUACAUAACAACCCUAGACAACACAGUGCUGAUAUGUUACGAAGGAAUAGCGCCGAGAGAAGGGCGAAGGCGGAGAAGAACAAGAAACAGGAACUAGAACAAAAGGAAAAGGAUCUGAACGAGUCGAGUUUCAGGGAGACUUUGACUUUGGCUAUAAUGGGACCCAAAGACAACUGGUCAGCGGUGGCACCUGAGCAGCAGGCGCUUUAUGGAGAACAACAAGAUGGUACCGUCCCAGAGAGUCACGUGAUCGAGCCGGGGAACAAAUGCGAGAAUGAGGGUCACGUGACCGAGCCGGGGAACAAAUGCGAGAAUGAAGGUCACGUGACCGAGCCGAGGAACAAAUGCGAGAAUGAGGGUCACGUGACCGAGCAGGGGAACAAAUGCGAGGAGGGAGCAAUUGGACAUACAAAAGAGAACUGUAAACAAUGCGAGAUAAAUAAAAACGACGAUAGUAACAGUGCUAACGCUAAUAUCACGAAGCUUACUGGGAAUGCCGAUAAUCUCAAAUCUAAUAUGGAAAAUUCUUCUGACCCGAAUGCGAAAUCUAAGUCAGGAAAAGGUAGUAAGGGGAGGAGAAAUUCAAAAGUAGGUCGUAAAAAAAGUCGUAAAUGAAAAAAAUUAUAUAGAUAGAUAAGAUAUAAAGAAAGUUAUAAAGAAAAAAAAAUGAUAUUUUUUUUUAGCUUUGUGUUCAUGUUAUUCUAGUGCGUGUUUUAUCGACGGUUAUGAUAAAAUAAAGACAAUAUUGCCA